GAAACGAUUUUUUAUAAAUUUGAGGUUAGCUCAAUUUUAAAUUACAGCAUUUUGAUAAGUAACAAUAAUUGUUUUGUGUGUAGUUUUAGUUUUUAAAAGUAGGAUCUUUUAUUUGCUGUGAUUGGAUUGGUGACAAAAGUAGCAGAAUGUCUGUAAAUCAUCAUAUGCACCCAAGGAACAUUUACAAAACGCCGCCUAAUUUUGUAAAAUUGGCUUUAGAAUAUCCAGAGUUUAAGAAGUUUGUAAAACAGGACCUAUCCGGUAAAAUAAGUGUCAACUUCAAAGAGCGUGAGGCCGUACUAGCACUCACCAAGGCAUUACUUCAGAAUGAUUUUGGGUUGAGUCUAACCUUGCCUGAAAAUAGGCUUGUGCCUACGCUGCCUCUUCGCCUCAACUAUAUACUCUGGCUUGAAGAUCUACUUCAACUAGAACCUUUGGCUAAAAAAGAACCAGUACAUGGAGUUGAUAUAGGUACUGGAGCAGCAUGUAUCUAUCCGAUGUUGGCUGCUAAGAAAAACAAUUGGAACAUGUUGGCGACUGAAGUAGAUGGUGUGAGUGUAGAAUAUGCCAACACCAAUGUGGCUUCAAACGAACUCACUGAUCUCAUAAAAGUUGAGCAGGUGACUUCUGACAGCGUCCUGUUGAACUUGAUGGACAGAAACGAAGAUUUUGACUUUUGCAUGUGCAAUCCGCCAUUUUUCUCCAGCGAGGAAGAGCUGCAGUGUUCUCCGGAGAGGAAUCCGCCACGGAACGCCCCGACUGGCUGCAAGGCUGAGCUGGUCGCUCCCGGCGGGGAGGUGGAGUUUGUGAAGCGCAUCAUUGACGAGAGUAUUCAACUGGGAACUAAAAUACGGGUGUACACUACAAUGCUGGGCAAGAAAACAAGUCUUAAACAACUCCAAACAUAUCUGGCAGAAAAAGGCAAACAAAUUCCAUCACUUAGGGUGGGCACAAGUGAGUUCUGCCAGGGCCACACCACUCGGUGGGGUCUUGCCUGGUCCUUUCUGCCAGGACUUGUUCUGCCAGAUCUGGUCAAGACCAGGAAGAAAAACGAGAAGAAGAAGGCCCCAGCAGUUGCUACGUUGAAAAAUUGCCCACUCAGCAACGCUGUUGAGAAACUGAAUGCGUUGUUCAAGGAGUUGGAGAUCCACACCAAACUGAUAAAAGAGAAUCCGUCGAAAGUUGAAAUGAGCAUAACCGCCAUGAGAAACACGUGGUCGCAUCAGAGGAGGAAGCGCAGGGCGAAUAGAAAACAAAACAAAGGAGAGGGAAGUGAUUGUGUCAACGGUUCUGACAAAGAUGGAGAUAGCUCAGAUAGUAAGAAACCUAGAUUGGACAGCAAAUCUGAUGGGGAACAAGUAGCGGAAUCGGUUUCAAAACCUGAGGAAGUUGAGUCGGUUUUUGAAAAAGACAGUACAGUUUCUGAAAAAGUUAGUCCAGUUUCUGUAAAAGAUCCUUCUCAAAAUGGUUCAAAUCUGUCGGAAAAAGAUAAAAUCGAGAAAAUGUCGACCAACAAUGACGAUAAUGAAGGGUGUGAUGAUUACAUAGGUAACAAGUGGACUGAAAUAGACACUCUUCCUCUAUUGACUGCUGAUUUGUUGCUUCAGAAUCUCGGACGGGAUGUUAUGGUUGCUAUCAGUCUUGGUGAGGGUUGUGUGGGAGGUUGGGAAGUGGUACAUCAGAUCAGACAGAUAAUCAUCAAUAAAGUCGAUGUGAAAAAGGAUUAAAUUUGAUUUUGUAUUUCAA